GGGGCGGUAAUGCAACUUGAAGGAGGGCAACCGCCCGCCAAUUGACUCCAAAAAGAAGACGAAGAAGAAAAAAAGCAAUGUUUUGAAUCACUCCCUUAUUUAUCGUGUUGAGUCUUUUUUCUCCCUGAAAAUCCCACAUCCUGGUUUAUCCUGAUGACUUAAGAAUGAAGCUGGUGGACAUUAAGAAGUUAAAAGUGGCCGAACUGCGGUCGAAACUAACCGAACUGGGUUUGGACAGUAGAGGUCUGAAGGCUGACCUGGUGGACAAACUAUGGUCAGCCUCGCAGUCAGAACAUGUAGAACUGCUGGAGGGCAGCUCAUCAACACGGAACCAGACGGAACCAGAUGAAGUUCAGGUUCGGACCGAGUCCUCAUCACCGCCGGUGGUCGACGGUGCCGCUGCGCCGUGUGAAGUAGACCCGGGUAGAGAGUACACAGACACUGCCACACAGACUGAGCCAGAACCCGGUCCACCAGCGGUACCACCGGGUCCACCAGCGGUACCACCGGGUUCUGAGUGCCUUUCAGGGGCCGAGACUGUCUGCCAGGCGGAGGGCAGGCAGCUGCAUUCAGAUGGUCCUCUCUCUGUGGAAAUGGGCAGAGGAAGAGCUUUCUAUGAGUUCAAGGAGGAGAUACGAUACAAAAGAUCCAAAUCACCACAGCUUCAACAGGACAAAGGCGAGGAAGAGUGGGAUGAAGAUAAAGUUAGAUUAGAUCCAUACGGCUGUCACCUCCACUUUGAAGUGAGUUCUGAUGGGUCCUGUGGGCAGCCACGGUUCUGGGAUCGGUUCCCGUUGCUCUGGUCCGGCUGCAGGCUCACCCACGGGGUGCGGCAGGGACGGGUGGGGUUUGAGGUUCGGCUGGAGAGGAGGUUGCUGACUGCUGACCAAGAGGUCAAGGAUCCAUACGAACUGAGAGUGGGCUGGUCUGUGGGCGACUCCUCUCUGCUGCUUGGGGAGGAUGAGUUUUCUUUUGCUUACGAUGGACGCGGUAAAAAGGUUUCUGAUGGAACCCAAGAGGAGUACGGUGAGCCUGUGUCUGAGGGGGACAUCAUUGGCUGUUAUGCUGCCUUUUCUGCAGAUGGCGCUGUUGAGUUGUUUUUCCAUAAAAACGGCCGUUUCCUGGGCGCAGCUUUCUCCCUGAGUGCCUCUCUGCUGCGGGGUCGAGUCUUGGUUCCUCAUGUUCUCUGUAAGAACUGUUCAGUCCGAUUCCUUCUGGACCACAUAACCCCUCAGUGGUACCCUGGACCGAUGGGAUUUAUGCCGCUGACAGCGCUCCCUGCUGGUCAGAGAGUACGCAUCACAUCGGCGCCUACCUCCAGAAUGCAGUCUGAGGUGGUGAUGAUGGUGGGUCUUCCCGGCUCUGGGAAGAGUUUUUGGGCUCAGACGCUGAUGAAGCAGCAUCCAGAGAAGAAGUACAGACUGCUGGGGACAGAAGACCUGCUCGCUUGUAUGCUUAGUGGUGGUCAGAGAGACGGCAGGCUGCAGCAGGCCUCCCAGUGUCUAACUGAUCUCAUUAAAGUCGCUGCCAAGACGCCUGGAAACUACAUCCUCGACCAGUGCAACAUCCUCUUCUCUGCACGUCGACACAAGCUGCAGCUGUUUGCAGGCUUCAGGCGGCGGGUGGUGGUGAUCUUCCCGUCUGCCGGCGAGUGGAAAAGACGACUGUCGCAGCGUCGAAUGAGCGACGCCGAGUGCAUCCCUGAGACCGCCCUGCUCAAACUCCAAGUGAGCUGCAGUCUUCCAGAACCGCAGCCUGACCUGAUGGAGGAGUUACAGUAUGCAGAGCUGCCACAGGAACAGGCACAAAUCCUCCUGACGCAGUACAAAGAGGAGGCUCACAGACUGCUGCCUCCUGUCAUCAAACCAGACAAGAAACCCAGAUGGAACAAGAGAAGACGUCACUUUCUCAGUCCUCCACCGCCAAACGGGAUGCAGUGGGGAGCCGUUCAUGGUUGGCACAACACAAGAAGUGACAUGCAGCCUUGGAGUCAACAACCAGAGGCCAGACAUUGGAACCUGCCUUAUCAGCAGCAGAACUACAACUACAGCAGAAGUUUCGGUUUCAGCGGCUACCAGAGUUACUCCUGAGGAAACAUGAAACAAGAAGAACGAGGCCGCUGUCACAGUGGACUGGGAUGUUUUUUAUGACGAUCACUGCGAAGAACAAAUGCCGACUACAACACUGGAGAAGUCAUGAGGCGUCCCUCAUUUGAAAUUAGACAGAAACGCGUUUUCUUGUAACCUUUUAAGCAUUUGUUCUCCACAUUCUCCUUUUUCAAUGCACAAUCUGGAAUUGUUUUUUGACACUUCAGGCUCAUCUGAAAGGAGUAUUGGUCCUCUGAUGCUCCUUGGGAGGUAGUUGCAGAGCCAUAAUGACCGCAAGCGGAAAGGGAAUCAAGUAAUAGAUGUGAUACAAAGAUGUGGCAGACAGCAAGCAGUAGCAAGUAAAUCUGUGCUUAUAAGGAGACCAAUGAAACCUUAAUGAUUCUCCAGAGUCUAAUGGUGGAAAUGCCGUGAUGAGCAGUUGGAUGCAGAUAAAUGAAUACAUAACAUUGCUUAUAUGUGCAACACUGAAUGCAUUUGUAUAACAAGCAGCUAUUGUGAAUUUAUGCAGGGUUUUACAUUUUCAAUACCAGUUCCGUUAAUAUAUUUAUUUUUCUAUGCAUUUGUUAGUUUUGCAUUUUUAGUACUGAGGGAUUUCUGUGAUAUUAAGCUGUGACAAAACUCCGAACCUCAUGAUGCAGGUGGGCUGGUGGAGUUUAUAUACAAACCUGCUGAAAAAUGUGUCUUCUAAAAAUCUAUCCCAGCCAGUUUUUUUUUUCAUCACGGGAGAGGUUUGUCUUAAAAACAAGUCUUCUAUAGUUACAUUUCUGUCAUCUUGAACAGCUAAAUAGGCCUAGAAUGUGGUGCAUUUUAAGUGGCCUGUACUUUUAUAGCGCUUUAUCGAGUCCAGGGAACCCUGAAUUGCUUCAUAAUACAUUCACACAUCGAUGGUUGUAAGCGGACGGAUACAGUGGUAGAAAACAAACUAAUUUAACGGAUUGGGUGUUUUCAUAAUAGAUGUAGUACUUGAUUAGAAAUCUUAGUGCUAUGAAACUUGACUUCCUGAAACUUGUGCUGGAGAAAUGCCCAACAAACAUUUGUUGUGCGUUAGAGAAGCUAUAGGCUACACAAUCGUAGGUGUUAGUUCUGUAAGCGCAGUGAUCUCACCAGGUCAACUUGUAUGGAAUGAAAGAUAAAGGUGCCUUGUUUAUUUUUAAUAUCAGAAACCAUUCAAAUAUAUUCACAAAAAUCCCUAAUGCUAUUCUUAGAUAUUUAUUCCUUUUAUUAUUUUAUGUAAAACAAGAAAAUCUAAAAUUGAAGGAAUCAACCAGCUUCUAGAGUCUUUACCUUGACACUUCUUUUGUCCUCCAUUUUUCCAGUUCAAUUUCUAACUUAUCAUGGUCAGCUAGAGGGACUGUGUCAAAAAGCAGCCAGAGUCGAGAAAAACUUGAUCCAGACCACCUUAAAAGGUUACAAGAAAACGUGGCUCAUUGGAGGCAAAGUUGAAAGAAAGGAGGGAUGGUUUAAAACUUUUGCACGGUGCAUUGCGAUUAAUGUUGCACGCUGUUUUGUACAAUCAAAGAUAGCUGGGGUUGUUUUUCAAAGAUGAAAUGAUGAGAAGUUUUUCAAACUUUGUAAAAGAUUUUUAUUGAAAAUAUUUUAACCGUCUUAUUUUACAAAGAACAGAGAUUUGACACCACUGCUGGUCUCCGAGUGCUUGAGGUGAAUAAAUUUAACUGGUAAACUUUG